GUCAGACGUCUUUUCUUUUCCCGUGAAGAAGCCAGGAGAAAAUCGAAAAAAUUUGGAAAUUCUUCGUUUUGUGACGACAGCUCUCAAGUUUAUGGAAAACCAUCCAAUACGCAACCAUCAAAUCCAUUCUCGACGGUGUGAUUCACCACAACAAGAAUCUUUCGGGCCGUCGCAUACUGACGGUGGAAAACCCUUCGAUCAGGAACGGGUAAGCCCCAUCAUUUGGUCCUUCGAACCGGAUCGAAGGUUCCCCCGACCAGAAGGGCAGGUGUGGUGAGUACACCAUUUUGUUUGCAAGUUCAUUUGGUGGUGUUGGGUGGCAAGUAGACUCGCGUGGGUGGUAUGCCCGUGUCGGGAAUAAUUACGUUCGUUUUUGUGCACCAUCCUCGAGUUAUUCGUUCGCCUAAAAAGUGGUAAACCGUGACGGGAAGGAUACAUUCGUUCGAUUUUUACCAUUUUUCGAUAUCCGCGUCGUGUAAAAGACAUUACAACGCACAAUUUACGUUCCAAUCUUCCGAAUUUUGAUUCCGUAUAUUCGAUCUGUGGUGGUAGUGAAGUGGUGAUAGUGUAGUGAACCAAGAUGUCCAGACCAGAGAAGAAGUUGGUCGAAUGCUUUAUGAAGCGCAAAGCACUAUUCGUCGUUCGUGAUUCCGUUGAAGUGUUCAUCAAUAAUUUUGACAACCAGAAUGACGUUUUCCAGAUUCCGAUUCGUGUUGAAGCGUUGGACAGAGUCUACAACGAAUUCAUUGACCUGCAAACGGAGAUCGAAAAGUAUGAUGAUCCUGAGAAGUUUGAGGAGCAUAUGCAAGAACGAGCAACGUUCGAGGCGCGAUACUGUUCGGCUAAAGCCAAUCAUCCUCCAGCGAAUUUCCACCUGCGAUUACCCAAGAUUGACCUUCCAAAGUUUGACGGAGAUUUGUCUAGAUGGCUUUCCUUCCGUGAUACGUUUACAUCCAUGGUCCAUUCCAAUGCGGAUAUUCCGACAGUAGCGAAGAUGCAGUACCUCUUACAAUCACUGGAAGGAGAAGCUCAUAAGCCAUUCGAGUCAACCGAUAUAAGUGCGGAUAAUUACGCAUUAACUUGGGACGCUUUAUUGAAGCGUUACGACAAUAAACGUUAUUUGAAGCGUCAGCUAUUCCGAGCUUUGUAUGACCUCCCGCCACUCAACAAAGAGUCACCCCAAGAGCUGCAUGACCUGGUUGAUGAUUACCAACGGCAUGUCAAGGCUUUAGCGAAGCUGAACGAACCAGUCAUCCACUGGGACACACCGUUAAUCAACCUGCUAAGCUACAAACUGGAUUCAACAACCCUCCGAGCCUGGGAGGAGAAGACUAGUAGCGCUGAUGACAUCACUUACGAGGAGUUGGUUGAUUUCUUGUACCAGCGUGUCCGAAUGUUGAAGUCCGUCGUCACCGAUCUGCAGCAACGCUCCAAUCAAGUCGGCCAAGUCAAGGUGGCCGGUUCCACACCAAACCAGAAGAAGCCAUUCAAGAUGGUAUCCAAUUCCGCCACGACCGAAACUAAGAGUUUCAUUCCGCAUUGUAUUGCUUGUCCAGAAAACCAUUUGUUAUUCCAAUGUCCAGCAUUUUCCAAGAUGUCCGUUUGUCAACGCAGAGAACUGGUAUCCCAAAAACGCCUAUGCUGGAAUUGUUUCCGUUCUGGACACCAAAGUAGGAAUUGUACGUCCAAGUAUGAUUGCCGAAAUUGUCACCAGAGACACCACACGCUGCUGCACGAAUCUGCAGUCCCGAAAGUACAAUCCACUCCAGUUGUCAUGUCUGGUCAGUCAUCCCAGCAACCGAAUCCACCCACGUUGACUGUUGUCGAAUCCCCUGGAUCAGCGAAUCCGAAUCCCCAAGUGAGUUUGUCGGCACAGUCAUAUCAGUCCACUGUCCUAUUGGAAACGGUUAACCUCCUUGUCGUAGACCAGAAUGGCAAAGAGCAUCCUGCUCGCGCGCUCCUAGAUUCGGGAUCAAUGUGCAGUUUUAUUACGAAGAAAUUAUCCAAUGUACUCAACCUCCGCCGCACGAAAGUUGACAUCGCCGUGUCUGGAAUCGGUGAAGCAUCGAAGCAGAUCAAGCGCAAGUUGACUGCUACGAUUAAAUCCAAGUUGCUUUCGUAUAGUACAACUCUCGAUUUUCUGAUUUUGAAGAAACCCACAGUAUGCCUGCCAACUACGCCGAUUGAUAUUUCCUCGUGGCAGUUCCCUGAUGUUCCGUUAGCCGACCCACGAUUCCACAUUCCAGCCGACGUUGACAUGAUUGUCGGUGGAGAAGUAUAUUAUGACCUGCACACCGGUUGUAAGAUUUCCUGCGGCGAAGGAAAACCUGUAUUCGUCGAAACCUCGUUCGGAUGGACUGUUUCUGGGAAAGUAGUCAUCCAAUCACCCGAUGUUCCACGUGUUUGUCACCUCACCACUGUAGACCGAAACCUGGAACAAGCCCUCCAGAAGUUCUGGGAGCUAGAAGCUGUUGAACCCUGCUCCAUGUUAUCCGCUGAAGAAAAUUUCUGUGAAGAUCAAUAUGCCACUACCACCACUCGCGAUUCGUCGGGUCGUUACGUUGUGUCCUUGCCACUCACCCGCGAUCCGCUCGUCACUCUCGGCGAAUCACGUUCAAUCGCCGAGCGUCGCUUCUUGAACCUUGAAAAACGACUUGAGCGAGAUCCAACCACCAAAGUUGCCUACUGCCGCUUCAUGGAGGAAUACGAACGCCUAAACCACAUGAAGAAGCUCGUGGAUCCAGUAGACGAAACCAAGCCACACUGUUUUCUCCCACACCACCCGGUGUUCAAGGAAUCCAGCACCACUACGAAGGUUCGAGUUGUGUUCGAUGCAUCCUGCAAGACGUCUUCUGGAUUCUCUGUGAAUGACCUGCAACUAGUUGGACCCGUCGUUCAAGAUGAUCUGCUAUCGAUCCACAUCCGAUUCCGCAUCCACCAAAUUGCAUUCGUCGCCGACGUCGAAAAAAUGUAUCGACAGAUCCUAUUGCGUCAGCCGUUUCGUCGAUAUCAGCUCAUCCUCUGGCGUCCUAGUCCAAACCAGCCAAUUGCUACGUACGAACUGAACACUGUAACGUACGGUUUCGCGUCAUCACCAUUCUUAGCUACACGCACCCUUCAGAAAAUCGCGCAGGACGCAAGUGAUAUCCAUCCAGCCGCAUCCGCGGUAGCCCAGAAGGAUUUCUACGUGGAUGAUUUCCUGUCUGGUGCCGACACCGUUGAAUCCGCUAUCCAAAUACGCCAAGAAAUGACUGCCAUGCUUUCAGCAGCAGGUUUCCCGUUGAAGAAGUGGGCUUCAAACUCACCAGAAAUCCUAGUUGAUAUUCCCGAAGAAGACCUAGCCUUUGCACCGUACCAUGAUCUCCAGGACGAUCAAUCCGUUUCCACACUCGGACUCAUCUGGGAACCGAGAAUCGACAUGAUGAGUUUCAAGGUUCAAUUUCCACUGCUAGCAUCUGUUUUAACUAAGCGGAAGAUUAUGUCGUACGUGGCGCAGAUUUUUGACCCACUUGGCCUGGUGGGACCAAUCAUAGUCAUCGCCAAACUCUUCAUGCAGCGUCUAUGGGCAUUGAAAACCGAAGCUGGAGAUUCAUAUGAGUGGGAUCGUCCUCUUCCUCCACGUUUGCAAUCCAAGUGGAAGGAGUUCCACGAAACGUUAGAUACUAUCGCAUCUCUUCGAAUUCCACGCUGUGUAACCGUAGCAAACGCAACCUCAUUCCAACUCCAUUUCUUUUCCGAUGCCUCACAGAAGGCUUACGGAGCAUGUUGUUAUGUCCGCUCAGAAUCCGCUGGGGUUGUUCGUGUCCAAUUGCUGACUUCCAAGUCCAAAGUAGCACCGCUGGCCAAACAACAAACCAUCGCACGUCUGGAGUUAUGUGGGGCUGUACUCGCAUCCAAUCUCUAUAAAAAGGUGGCCCAUUCCAUUCCGAAACCUGCUGAAUUCUUCUGUUGGACAGAUUCGUCAACUGUAUUACAUUGGUUGGAGUCUUCGCCGUCCCGAUGGAAAACUUUCGUAGCUAAUCGGGUAGCUAUGGUUCAAGAAGCUACAGAAUCCUGCCACUGGAACCAUGUUUCCGGAACAUCCAAUCCAGCUGAUCCCCUCUCUCGUGGCGUCAAUCCAAUCGAUCUCAAACAACUUCCCAUUUGGUGGAACGGUCCGAACUGGUUAUCCCUGCCACCAUCCGAUUGGCCUGUUAACGAAAUGCCAUCCCUUGACCCACAUUGGAUGUCGGAGGCCAAAAACAACGUAACCAUGAUAGCCACACUCAAUUCCAACUUUUCCGAUAAAUUAUUCAGCCGAUACUCCUGCUUCAGCAAACUUCGUCGAUUUAUUGCAUACUGGAUGCGAUAUUUCCGUGCCCUGAAAGCCGCCGUCAAGAAGACCACCAUCGAACCUUUUGAGACCUUAACAACUGACGACCUCCGUGAUGCAGACAUCGCCCUUUCUCGGCUAGCCCAGCGCGAAUCAUUUCCAGAAGAAAUGUCCAAUCUUAUAUCCGGGGAACGUAUUCCUACAUCGUCAGCAUUGAAGUGGUUGCAACCGAAAGUCAGCAAGGAAGGUGUCAUCCGAGUUGGUGGAAGACUCGGCAACGCCCCCGUGUCCGAAGAUGUAAAGUUCCCAAUUGUCCUCUCGUCGAAGCACCGGUUAUCCGUCCUGCUAGCCAAGUACUACCACCAUAUGCUGCUCCAUGCCGGUCCCCAGUUGAUGCUUUCUUCGAUUCGCCAGAAAUUCUGGAUCAUCGGUGGCCGUAACUUAGUUCGCCGCACGUACCACCAAUGUCACACGUGCUUCCGCAACAAACCCACCCUGGUGCAGCAGAGUAUCGCCGACCUGCCUACAACAAGAGUGACUCCGACCAGACCAUUUGCCGUAUGCGGUAUUGAUUACUGCGGUCCCGUAUAUAUCAAAUCUCCGGUGCGUAACCGGACUCCUACUAAAGCGUACAUCGCAAUAUUUGUAUGCUUCGCUACACGUGCCGUCCAUAUCGAGCUUGUAUCUGAUAUGUCAACACCGGCUUUUAUGGCCGCUCUCCGCCGUUUCGUCGCUCGCCGUGGAAAGAUGAAGGAAAUCCACAGCGACAACGGCACCGCCUUCAAGGGCGCAGCAAACGAACUGCACAGACUCUACGCCAUGUUAAAAUCCAACCAAACCGAACGAAAGCAGAUCCUCGACUGGUGUGCAGAGAACGAGAUUAUCUGGCGUUUCAUCCCUCCGCGAGCACCACACUUUGGAGGGCUGUGGGAAGCAGCCGUUAAAUCAGCUAAGCAUCACCUGUUACGUGAAAUCGGCAAUGUAAACGUUGGCUACGAGGACAUGUGCACUUUAUUGGCCCAAAUUGAAAUGUGCCUGAAUUCGAGGCCCCUGGUUCCAAUUCCAACCGAUCCUUCAGACCUGGAAGUCUUAACUCCAGGACAUUUCCUGAUUGGAGCCAGUUUCCAAGCCGUUCCGGAAAACAACUUGUGCGACAUUCCGGAUAAUCGUCUGACGCACUUUGAGCUCGCUCAGAAGCGAUUCCAACGAAUCUGGUCCAGAUGGGCACCAGAAUACCUCCAGCAACUCCAGUCACGCGUUACAAGGUCCAAGCCACCAGUAACCAUCAAACCAGGUGCCGUCGUGGUAAUCAAAGACGACAAUCUACCACCAAUACAAUGGCCGCUCGGAAGGAUCACUAAGGUUCAUCCGGGCAAAGACGGAGUGGUACGUGUCGUCACCCUGAAGACUGCAUCAUCCGAAGCAAUCGUCAGACCUGUGGCGAAGAUUGCGCUAUUACCAACAGCAGAAAAUCAUCAUCCGGAUCCUGAAAAAUGAGACCUGGUAGAGCACGCCAAAAUUUGCUCGAUGCCUUCGUGGGAACCAAGCAGGUAAUUGCGGUUCCAAUACGUAUCUUUAUCUUGUCAGGUCUACCUGGUCUUUUCAAUCCCCAGAUGACGAUACCCUGGGCUACUUAUAACAAUCUACAUCGAGUUCAAUUCCCGGCGAACCAUAACAAACCGAUCGUUGCCGGCAAAUCACGUGCUCCUGUUGCGUCUUCACAACAACUGAGACUAGUCUCGAAUCUUUAAAUAUUUAGUUUAAAAACAACGACAACAUUGUUAAGUAAUAGAAUUGAACUAGCUAAACCAGUUCAAGGUGGCCGGAAUGUUGAAGUAUGUCAUGAUUUUUUCCAUUUUUUAAAUAUUGUAACUGCAAGGAGGCUAUGGGAAAUAUAUAUUCGCUUGGAAACCGACAGAGG